AUGCCCCCAUGCUUAGUACAGUCCACUCUGCCAAAAAUACCCCUUCUCGGCAUUCACAUUCCAUUCAGCACAGGCAAUAGAGAAAGUGAUGGAUUUAGAGAAGAAAAAACUUACAAACUGAAAGAGACUGGAUAUCUAGUGGAAAGGCCUAGCACUGCAAAGGAUAAGCACAAGGAAGAGGACAAAGGUUCUGAAAGAAUAACAGUAAAGAAAGAGACACAGUCACCUGAGCAGGUAAAGUCUGAAAAGUUCAAAGACCUCUUUGAUUACAGUCCCCCUCUACACAAGACUCUAGAGACCCGAGAAAAGUCUAUCUUCAGAGAGGAGAGCCCGCUUAGUAUCAAAAUGAUAGCCAGUGACUCUCAUCGUCCUGAGGUCAAACUCAAAAUGGCACCUGUUCCUCUUGAUGACUCUAACAGGCCAGCAUCCUUGACUAAAGACAGGCUACUUGCUAGUACGCUUGUCCAUUCUGUCAAAAAGGAACAAGAAUUCCGAUCCAUCUUUGACCACAUUAAGUUGCCUCAGGCCAGCAAAAGCACUUCAGAGUCAUUUAAACGACACAUUGUAUCCUUGGUUCAUCAUGUUAAAGAGCAAUACUUCAAGUCACCUGCAGUGACCCUAAACGAGCGGUUCACUUCAUACCAGAAAGCUACUGAAGAACAUAGCAGCCGGCAGAAGAGCCCUGAGAUCCACAGGAGGAUUGCCAUCCCUCCAAGAGCUCUGAGGAAGCAUACCCGUUUAGCAGGGGAGGAGAGAGUUUUUAAAGAAGAAAAUCAGAAGGGAGAUAAAAAAUUAAGGUGUGCUUCAGCUGAUUUUCGGCAUGACAUUGACCGUCGCCGUAAAGAAAGAAGUAAAGAAUGGGGUGAUUCCAAGGGCUUCAGGGAAUCUAGUGGAUCAAGAAAGCAAGAAAAACCUCCAAAAGAUUACAAGGAAUACAAAUCUUACAAAGAUGACAGCAAACAUAAAGGUAGAGAGCAAGACCAUUCUCGAUCGUCAUCCUCUUCAGCAUCCCCUUCCUCGCCCAGCUCUCGAGAAGAAAAAGAGAGUAAGAAAGAAAGAGAAGAAGAGUUUAAAACUCACCAUGAGAUGAAAGACUACUCGGGAUUUGCAGGAGUUAGCAGACCUCGAGGAACCGUUUUUCGAAUUAGAGGCAGAGGAAGAGCCAGGGGAGUUUUUGCUGGGACAAAUACUGGUCCAAACGACUCAAAUACUACUUUUCAAAAGAGACCGAAGGAAGAGGAAUGGGAUCCAGAAUAUACCCCAAAGAGCAAGAAGUACUUCUUGUAUGAUGACAGAGAUGAUGGUGUGGAUUAUUUGGCCCAAAGAGGAAGAGGUCGUGGUCCGUUUCAACGUGGCAGAGGGCGCUUUAAUUUCAAAAAAUCAGGUAACAGUCCAAAAUGGACUCAUGACAAAUACCAAGGGGACGGGAUUGUUGAAGAUGAAGAGGAGACCAUGGAAAAUAAUGAAGAGAAGAAGGACAGAUGCAAAGAAGAAAAGGAAUAGUCUGAAGAUUGCAACAGAGAGCAGAACUUGACACAUUUUUUAAAACCUGAUUUUUGUUUUCAAAUAAGAAUGUAAACAUUUUACUUAAAAUUUACUGUUUGCAAGUAGUCUAUAGAAAUUUUGUUUUAAGUCUUCAAAUACCUUGGAAACAUAGUAGACUGUAUGUUGAAAAUUGUAUUGAAAUAAAGUAGGAAAUGUU